AUGGAGUUGCGAAACGACACCAGAGUAAAAGAAUUUAUAUUUCUGGGUCUUACUCAAUCCCAACACCUGAGCCUGGUCUUAUUCCUUGUUUUGUGUUUUGUGUAUGUGACAACUCUGCUGGGGAAUCUCCUCAUCAUGAUCACCGUGACCUUUGAGUCCCGUCUCCACACACCCAUGUACUUCCUGCUCCGAAACCUUGCCAUCCUAGAUAUCUGCUUCUCCUCCAUCACAGCCCCUAAGGUCUUGGUGGACCUUCUAUCAAAGAAAAAGACCAUUUCCUACACCAAGUGCAUGACACAGAUCUUUUUCUUCCACCUGCUUGGUGGGGCAGACAUUUUCUCCCUCUCUGUGAUGGCAUUUGAUCGUUACAUGGCAAUCUCCAAGCCCCUUCACUAUGUGACUAUCAUGAGUAGUAGGCGGUGCACAGCCCUCAUCGCGGCCUCCUGGGUAGGUGGCUUUGUCCACUCCAUUGUGCAGAUAGCCCUCUUGCUCCCACUCCCCUUUUGUGGACCCAAUGUUCUCGAUACUUUCUACUGUGAUGUUCCACAGGUUCUCAAACUUGCCUGCACUGACACUUUUACUCUUGAGCUCCUGAUGAUCUCAAACAAUGGCCUGGUCACUACCCUGUGGUUUAUCUUCCUGCUGGUGUCCUACAUGGUCAUCCUGAUGAUGUUAAGGUCUCAGGCAGGGGAGGACAGGAGGAAAGCCAUCUCCACCUGCACCUCCCAUAUCACUGUGGUCACCCUACAUUUUGUACCCUGCAUCUAUGUCUAUGCCCGGCCCUUCACUGCCUUCCCCACAGAUAAAGCCAUCUCUGUCACGUUCACAGUCAUCUCUCCUCUGCUCAACCCCUUGAUCUACACUCUGAGGAACCAGGAGAUGAAGUCAGCCAUGAGGAGACUAAAGAGAAGGCUCAUACCUCCUGAAAAGUAA